AUGUCUCGAAUAACCAAGAAUCUUGUCGCUAGUAUACUGGUGGCAUGUCUAGGCGCCAUCCAGUUCGGCUACCACCUGGGUAUCAUGAACGUACCAAGUCAGGUCCUCUCAUGUUCCGAAUUCAAAGUACCCAAUGAGGACGUCCCCUACGUGGAAACCUGGCUUGGUAAGUCCGGAUUCAAACAAUGCAUCCCCCUAGAUGAUGAACAAAUUGGUAUCACGAACGCCAUAUUUUGUCUCGGUGGCAUCGUGGGGUCUUUCUUUGUGGGUACCAUUUGCAACAUGUACGGAAGAAGAAUAAUCAGCUUAUUUAACUGUCUACUCUCACUCAUUGGAGCAUUGAUUAUUUUUAGUGGGAAUUCAUUCAGCACCUUGUUAUGGGGACGAUUGUUGACUGGUGUUGCAUGUGGGGCCACGUUGAUUGUAGGUCCAUUAUUUAUCAAGGAAGUGACGCCUCCACAUUGGAAAGGGUUCCUUAAUGUGACUAAUCAAGUUAUGAUCAAAGUUGGUAUCCUUUUGACUCAAUUGAUUGGAAUUGUACUUAACGAUUCUUAUCGAUGGAGAUGGAUAUUCUUCUGUGGUGCCAUUGCUGCUUUGGUUAACUUGGUUCUAUGGCUUGAAAUUGACGAUUCCCCCAAAUGGUUAUUCUCUAGAGGUGAUACGUUGGGUGCAGAAAUGGCACUAUUUAAUCUACGAGGUGGACUUUAUCAAGAGGCGCAAGAGGAAGUACAAACGUGGCAGAGAGAAGUGGAACAACAAAAUUCUUUGGCUAAUGUGGAGCCUAUGGGAGAGUAUAAUGUUAUGAUGGGACCUUCUUCAUUCUGGCAAUAUAUCCAUAAAGAAUUAUAUUGGAGACCACGUCAAAUUAUAACUAUUUUAUUGAUGGGUCAACAAUUUUGUGGAAUUAGCUCCAUUGUAUUUUAUGGUGUUAAAGUCAUUGAUCAAGUUGAUCCCAAACAUUCCCUGGAAAUAAAUUUCUUAAUUCAAUUGACCACAGUGUUUGUUACUAUUAUUACUUGCAUUAUGGUCCCAGUGAUGAACCGGAAGCCAUUAUUAUUAAUAUCCAGUGUGUUGGUGGUCGUUUCUUCCUUCUUAUUAACGAUAGGAAUAAAUAGAAAUGAUGGGACACUAUUGGCGGUGGCGGUGUUCAUAUACAUAAUUGGAUUUGCCAUUGGGCUAGGUCCAUUACCAUAUUUGAUCAUGAAAGAAAUAUCGACCCCUCCUGAUCAAAAGAUGGCUCAAAAAUAUGGAACUGUAUGCAACUGGACUGCCACGAUGAUUAUUGGGUACAUAUUCCCACUACUAUUCGAUAUAAUGAAUGGGUAUGCAUAUUUUGUGUUCACCAUAGUGGCUAUAUUAUUAACUUAUUAUAUUUUCAGCAGUGUACCUGAAACCAGAAAUAGCCGAAAUUUUGUAGAGAUGUGGAUGGGCUUCUGA